CAACGAUGGCGCUGAGCUAUUCAUGGAUGCCCCGUCGGUUUGACCUUUCGCUUCUGGUAGGUCUCACAGGUUUGGUGCUCGACAUCAUUUAAGCGAAGCUUGACUCAACAUGUUCCAUAUACCCUCGUCCCCUCUUCUCCACCACCUACAACUACUCCGAGCUAGCAGCUACUCUACUGAUAGAUACAGGAGGGAAGGGAUUCAGUUUGAUAGGAUGAGUUGAUACAAAGGCUGGUCAUUGGAUUUUCUAGAAAAUGAUAUUGACUCAGUGUAUGAUCAUUGUCAUAAUCUUGAAGACAUGCAUCAACGAAAGCCUUGAUUUUGAAAUUUUCAAGCAUGAUCAGGUCUAAAAUACAGGGAACAUGGACCUAAAAACAUUUGUAGCUUCCGGGACCUGUGCGCUAACAUAUGAGAAGCAUAGAAAGUCUCAGCUGUCUAUUUACCAGGGAGGAAGAGGUGGUAUGGCAUUCCGGAUCCAAAAUCUAGUUUUGGUCAGUAAUAGGAUUUCGUUACUCUUUCACGACAGUGUAAAGAGGGGAGUUAAAGGCAGCAGUGACGAAAAAGCAUGCGAGAUAAUCAUUCAUAGCCAUAACGGGCUGUUUGAGCAAAUUGUCAAGGUGUGUUGAUUUUCUCAUGUCCCACUCACGGGUAACUUACUAACUUGGAGUACACUAUAUUCCGACUUGCGCUCACGGAUCUCCACACACACAUAUCCAAUUUUCACAUGGAAACAAUCCGCAACUUAAUCGGCGCGAACCGCCAUCCGAGAGCUUAUGCAAUGCGAUUACAAGGAUGCUUCGAAUUUUGUGUCACUGACCAGACAGCACGCACAGGUUUCCAGGUUGCUGUCAGGCUGAGUUUGAAGCAAAGCGUUUGUUUAGAGCCGCAAGUGGAACUCGGCAACCAUGAUCGUCGUGCUAGCCGGCCAGGAAUGGCGCUGAUCAACAACCUCGCCGACCGCCACGAGGUUGGACCCGCUGGCUGCGGAGUGGCUCCCUAUGCCACUUCGGCCCACCAACUUCCCUCACGGUCUCCUGAGCCGGUUAGCAUCGUGUGGCCUGAGUUGUUAUUUGUUCAUGUACUCUGUGCGGUACAUAUACAUGUGCAUUAGUGUACUUCAUUUCUUCGUCAACGUGUUGAGGUGUGGUUGAUUCAAAUAACUACUUAGAGUUGUCUUCCCCACGAUAUCCUGGCGCACUGCCCUUUCCCAAGCUAUGACACUACCACGGGAAACGUUCCGACAAUUUUAGAACUCAGUCAUCUUGAAGUUUUACUAUGCACUAAUCUCCAAAUCAUUAGAAAUUUCUGCCCACUCUUGGGAAGCAACCCCCUGACACGAUUGGCCCCAGAGUCCAGUGACCAUAAAAUACAUGUCCAAUUCCUCAGACUUUAAUAAUGACUACCAUAUCUGAAUCUAAAUCUAAAUCAUAUCUAUUAGUCUUAAUCUACAGUACCUACCCUUCCACCCCUCUCACAGCCUCAUAAUCUCCCCAUCCGCGCCAAUCCCACCGCGAAAAUGCUCAGAAAUAACCCGACCCCCCAACACCGUCUCCUCAACAAUCCCUUCUACAUGUCUCGGCUCAACUCUUCCAUACCAAAUCCCUUUCCCAGCCAAUGACAUCGCCCCGCCCUGUCCAUUACCCGGCGACGACAAUGACGGCGGUAGGUAAAUAAUAACAUUCCCCGCAUACUUAUGCCCUCCAAUAUGACUUAUUAGCCCCACAUUCGCCUGCCCAACAUCAUCUGCAAACCCACCAUCGCCAGCUUCCUCGCCGCCACUGACACGGAACCCUCUCCCCUGCAAGACGCGCCGGAACUCAGCCUGCAAAAGCGGGCCCAGGAUCCCACACCGCUGGUCGCGAUGGCCGUGUCCGCAUAUCAGGAUGGUGGGGGAGUGUUGGAUCCGCACCAUAUCUGGGAAGAGGGAGGGUUGGAGGGUGGGGACACGGCGCAUGUGCUCCCUCUGGGCGGCAGGGAGCGCGUCGUGGGCUGGGUGGAGGGUUGUGGGGAGGAGAAAGACGCGGACGAAGGCAUCUAGGCUGGGUUCGUCGAGGGGGAUUGUUGGUAUGUAGCGGAAUGAGGGGAAUAGGAGGGCGGAAGCGGUUGUAGGGGUGGUGGUGGUGGUGGAAGCGGUUGUGUUGUAUGGUCGGAAUGAGGUAUUUGUAAUCAUGAUAUUGUUGUAUGGCUAUUAUUUACUUCCGCAAAUUCGAAUUAGCGAAGCCUCGUAGAGAAAUCCUUUUUGCAACAUCUCGGUUCCAUCAUUCCUGGCAUGGGAAUCCAGCAAUCAAGACCGGGGAGUGGGUGACGCGGUGUUCCCGGACCACCCGUAACAGACAAUAGGGCCCUAUAUCAAACCGGUAUACUCCGUACUCACAUCAGCAUACCUUCCUCCUCUCCCAAUGAGCCCC